CAUCAACUAAUCAUGAGAAUUCGUCUCAACGAAUUGGCAGUGGAUCUCCUUAGCUAUUUGUUCAUGGUUCAAUACAUUUAUUGGGUAAAUGGCAGUGAAUUUCCAGAACGUGAGUGCUGUGACACAAUUUUUUCAUCGCCACCAAAUCCAGAGCCGGUGCAACCGACCCAAUCAACAAUAAUACAUACACAAAUCAUACCAUCGACGGCUACUAAUUUGACUACAGGGACACAAGGGAAACCUGCUAUCGCAAUAUUAAGUUGUAUUUUGGCGCGCCAGUUAUGUUUUGAGGAUCCAUCAUGUUCGGCCAUAUUGGAAAUUAUACCACGUGUUUGUGGUCCUGUUCCAGUGGCAUGCAGUACAGUUACGGUGACAAAGUGUUUGGCAGCACUGAAAACAUUGCAAGCAUUUCCAUUUUUCCGUCCAACAUGUCUAUGUAAGGAGCCCGGUCUCGAUCCAGAAUGCAACAAUUUCCAAGACUUUCUAUUCGACCAUCCGUGUGGUCUUGUGAGGAAAAAAGAAAAAGAUCCAUAUCCAAUUGAUGCGCUGCCAACGUGCAACCACGCAUUAGCUGUAUGCCAACAGUCACCGAAAUGCAUUGAACUUUUCGAAAGUUUUAAAAUAUAUUGCAAAGUUCGUGAUAAUAAAUGUCGAAUGGAAGACAAAAAUCUGUGCUACGAAGCAUGGUCGAAAAUGAGAUUGUCGCCAAUGUUUGGUUGCAUUUGUCCAAAUAACCACAUAAAACGACGCUGUGAUAGAAUAUUUAGCAUGGUAAAUCAUAAUCCGUGUGUUGCUCAUUCGAUGUCAUUGAAUCAUUUUACGGAACAAAUUUUCGAUGACGCCAUAAUCGACAACAAAAUUACCGCCAUCAGUGCAAAUGAUAUGAAAAAUCAUCAUGAUUUUUUGUAUCCGUACAAUUUAACAGUAUUUCGAACAAUGCCAACAUUGGAUAAUGUUCGCUUUUCACCUGGCACCGAAGCCGAAAAGUAUGAAAAAAGUUUAUCCACAUUUUCGUUGGCCAAAAAUAUCGAUUCACUGCAAAUCACAUGUGAUUCAGUCUAUCAGAUUUGCAAAAGUAAUGCGGCGUGUUCAGAAGCUUUGAAGCCGGUUAUACAAUACUGUGACUUCCAUAUAUGCAACCAAAAUGCAUGCUUAGAUGCCCUUCAAGCAUUUUAUCGGCUAUCCAAUGAGGAUUUUACAUUGGAUAUUGCAUUUUGUGUGUGCAAUAAAUUGCCGCAUCACAGUGAUUCGUGCCUGAGAGCGCAGGAGAAAUUGCAUCCAACAUGUGCUAAAAGUCCGGAUUUGAUUGAUAUGGAUCCAUCGAAUGGUGCUGUUUACACAUCCAUUCAACCAGCCUGUCAUACCGUUGCUGAAGUGUGUCGAAACGACGCAAGUUGCAGGUCACGUCUUGAGCAAUAUGAACAGUCGUGUGCAAUCGAUAGUUCAACACUGAAGUGUGCUGGUCACCCAAGUGCAUGUCGAACGGCGAUUUUGGGCAUCCUGGGAACGCCAUUACGAACAACGUGUUCAUGCCAUAAUACCGAUUUAGUUUACGAAUGUUUGGGGUGGUAUCGCCUUCUCUGGUUAAAUACAUGUGUUGCCGAAACACAAUUAGACUUCCAUUUGAAGCGUUUUAAUGAGGUGAGCGUUUCGAUGGCAUCAAAACCAGAAAAUAACAUUGAUGUAAUUACAAGCAGUACGACCAGAGCAACUACAACAAGAACUACAUCAACUCAUGCAACAAAAACAACAACAACACUUUUUAGAAAAUCUUCGGAUAAUCGGGUAAAAUUUCACAAAGUAAAUAUAAUACAGACAACAACGCCAAUGACGGUGGUGGUUUUGGAAAAAGUGUUGGUCAGUACACAGCCGGUGUUCCCGGAGAAAUUCGAUGUUCAAACCAACGAAAAUGUAUUGCCACAAAAGACAAUUGACUACAAUAGCAUUGCCGAAGAGUUUACCGAUCAAAAUGAUACGGUCAUCGAUUUGAUAAUGCAAACACAACUGAAAACAGAGCCAAUUACAACGCCUGAGCCAAGAUAUUGUAUUGUUCAAAGGCCGCGACAAUCUGAUCAGUUAAUAUCAGUGAAUAAUGCUCGACGGAUAUACUCGUUGGAUGACGCCGAAUGCAGUGAACUAUGCUUUUGUACGGAUUCACUGGUACUUACGUGUCACGCACUAUGCGUUCCAAUAGCGCCUUGUCGAACGGCGCUGGCAUUCUACAGCCAUGCAUCACCGGCAUAUCAGGCAUUCAGGGGCCGCUGUCUUUGUUAUUCGGGCAAAUUUAUUUGCAUGAGACCGCCGCCUGGUGACUAUGCAUUACCCGGCGGCAUUUUCCUAUUGUUAGGCUAUAGCUCUAUGGAUGAAGAGUUACUGAGAGCGUACACGAACUUGGGAAUUCAAGAUACCAUUAGAGCCUUUCAGCAGUAUAUCUACAAUCAUAUUGAUAAUCAAUCAACAUGCGUGUUAUCAGCACUGAAUUUAACCGACGAAAAUGCAAUUAUUUCCGUUCGAUUACAAAAUUACUCAAACGCAACUCCGAUGGAAGCGUUCGAUGCUCUUAAGGAUCAGUGCAUUUCUGUAAUGGAACAGAUCAGCUACGAUAUAAAUUCACAAAGUGCUGAGCUGAUGGCACAUCAGUUGUUAAGUGUAUAUAAAAUGGCCGAGGUUCAGAUCGUGUCUCCCGAAGUAAAUUGUUCACCUGUUACGUUUAGCUUGUCAUUGCUUUCAUUAUUAUCACUCACAUUAUCAAUCACACAACUCCUUAUGCCUUUACUUAGUCAUCAGUUUGUAAGAAUAAUCGCAUUAAGGUUAUAAAUUGUUUUCGCUUAGAAGCACCCACAUUUAAACGAAGCAGAAGAAGAGGAGGAUAAAAUAAAAUUGUUCAGACAAAUGAAAAAAAAAGUCAUUAUAUAAAAGAAAGCAUUUAAUGAGACAAAAUAAAAAAAAAUCGUUAAAUUUGAAUGAGAGAAGAAAAAAAUAUAUUAAGAAAAUCAGACUUUACAUCCAUUGAUAAUUUCACCACGCAUUCAAUUUUAGUCAUACAUCAUAAAACAUAUCAAUCAUUCAACAACAACAAAAAACAUCAUAUUUACCGGAGGAAUGAGCAAACAGAAAAAAAUAACUAGUACAUAGAAAUUAGUAUAACAUUCUCGGCAACGGACAUUUAAAUUACCAAUUUAAAAUGUGAAACGAUGCCACACAAAAACUGUUUCGAUAAACGCAAACGAUACAUAUCAAUGCAAUGACUUGAAUUUCUUUAUUGAGAAGAUAUAUACAAAAUUUGUUGAAUUUUCAUCUGUUCUGUUUGUUUUUUUUGUUCAUUGUUUUCCAGAAGAAAAAUUGGAAUGGAUUGGCAUUCCAAGCCAAUAUAUCUAUUCUUAAUAUUAUCUAUUGGAGUGUUUCACAAACACUCGAAAACAUAUCUGAUCUGAAAAAACCGUGUCCAGUUUUUGAUUUCGAUAGGAAAUUUUUGAAUUUGCCACACAUAUACUUCAUAUUUUUUCGGGUAGUUCUAAAAUCCUUAUUAUUCUAAACUUAGUCCAAUUGUACUAUUGAUUUCAAGGAAAUCGAACAUGAAAUCAACAUCUGAGAUUAUAUGCGAGAUGAAGAAAGAAAAAAACUGAAAACAAAAACCAAUAAACCGGCAAAGUUAUCAAUAUAAAUAAAUAAAUUUAAAGGAAAAAAACCAAACAACAACAACAAAUGCCUUUUUGCAUGAUGAUCCAAAAAAAAUUACCUUGGAAAUUGAAUUAAUUUGCAGGGCUAAAGGUAACAAUUCGUCGCAAUAAUUUUAAUGAAAAUAUCCUGGAAAAGAAACGAUUAUUACACGAAAAUUAAAAUAAGUUUUUGAGGCCAUCGUUGAUUGGACGUGUGAAUUCAACACGAAUUCUUGUUUAUGGCUGCAACAAAUAAUAACACGAAAGUAUUCCGUGCGACCUUUAAUGAAACCUUAGUGUUGCUCUAUUUUACAUUGAUUUGUGAAAAAAAAGUUGUAUUUUAUUCUUCGCCACAUUUCAAAACAGCACACAACCUAUUUACACACAUGCAUCAACAACACUCAAUGAAAUACAAAGAUCUGAUUUUAAUAUUAAA